AUGAACUCAAACAACUGGCUAUCUUUUCCUCUUUCACCUACUCAUUCUUCAAUACCAGCACAUCUUCAAACUGCUCAGUCUCAUCAUUUCUCUUUAGGGUUAGUCAAUGAAAAUAUUGACAAUCCCUUCCAAAACCAAGAGUGGAAUUUGAUCAAUACUCAUGGCAACAGUGAAGUUCCUAAGGUGGCUGAUUUUCUUGGUGUCGGAAAAUCCGAAAAUCAAUCUGAGAUUGUGUCAUACAGUGAACUACAAGCUAAUGACUCUGAUUACCUGUUUUCAAACAGUAGUCUAGUUCCAGUACCAAAUGCCCUAGCAGCUGCUGCCUCAAACAACUAUGAACUUCAAGAAAGUGGGAGCAGUAUGCAGUCUCUAACUUUGUCCAUGGGUAGUGGAAAGGGUUCAACAUCUGAGACUAGUGCAAGUGUCGAUAAUAGUAAUAGUAGUAUUGUUGAAGCUGCACCAAGGAGAACAUUGGACACAUUUGGUCAAAGAACAUCGAUAUACCGAGGUGUAACAAGGCAUAGAUGGACAGGAAGAUAUGAAGCUCAUCUAUGGGAUAAUAGCUGUAGAAGGGAAGGUCAGUCGAGGAAAGGUCGUCAAGUUUACUUAGGAGGGUAUGACAAGGAAGAGAAGGCAGCUAGGGCUUAUGACCUCGCAGCACUGAAAUACUGGGGCACAUCAACUACCACCAAUUUUCCAAUAAGCAACUAUGAGAAGGAACUUGAGGAGAUGAAACAUAUGACUAGACAAGAAUUUGUUGCCUCGAUCAGAAGGAAGAGCAGUGGCUUCUCUAGAGGAGCUUCCCAAUAUCGUGGAGUAACAAGGCACCACCAGCAUGGAAGAUGGCAAGCUAGGAUAGGAAGAGUAGCAGGAAACAAAGAUCUUUACUUGGGAACUUUCAGCACUGAGGAAGAAGCAGCAGAAGCGUAUGACAUUGCCGCCAUAAAGUUUAGAGGCCUCAAUGCAGUCACCAAUUUCGACAUGAGUCGCUAUGACGUGAAAGCAAUUCUGGAAAGUAACACUCUGCCAAUAGGUGGAGGGGCAGCCAAACGGCUCAAGGAAGCACAAGCACUAGAAUCAUCAAGAAAACGUGAGGAAAUGAUAGGUUUAGGUUCAAGUUUCCAGUAUGGGAGCUCAAGCUCGGGUCCUUUCCAGGCAUACCCUUUAAUGCAGCAACCAUUCGAUGCUCAGCCCUUACUGACUCUGCAAAAUCACGAAAUCUCGGAAUAUUCUCAAGACUCACAGUACCAAAGCUACAUCCAAACGCAAUUGCAGCUGCACCAACAAUCAGGCUCUUACUUGCACCCAUCAAGCCACAACUCCCAUUUCUACAACAAUUACCUUCAAAGCAAUCCAGUAUUGCUGCAUGGGUUGAUGAAUAUGGGUUCUUCAUCCUCUGUGAUGGACAACAAUGGAAGUUCAAGUGGGAGUUAUAGUGGAGGGUACUUGGGAAAUGGACUUGGCAUGACUUCAAAUUCUACUUCUGGAAAUGCACGAGGCUCAGCUGAGGAACUUGGAUUGGUUAAAGUUGACUAUGAUAUGCCAUCUGGAACUUACACUGGAUGGUCUGGGGAGUCUGUUCAAGGCUCAAAUCCCAGUGUUUUUCCAAUGUGGAAUGACUGA